GAGCGGAGGAGCCGGGGAGGGGCCCCCGAAAGGACGCCGCCGGCGCUCGCCCGCUCGCUCGCUCUGCCCUCUCGGCGCUGCGUCCGGCCAGCCGGGCACCCAGGGGGGGCGCGCGCGCGGCCGCCGCUCCAGCUCUGCCCCCCGCCCCGCCCGCCCGCCCGCAGCCCUGGGGUGGGGACCCAGGCGGGGGCUCCCGCAGCCGCCACCGGACGCGCCGCGCACGGAGCGCCCCACUCCUUCCGGCGCCGAGCGGGGAGCCGCGGAGCCCGCUGCAGCCGGCCGGCCUCCCCGGCCCUGAGCGCCCCGCUUCCCCGGCCGCCUUUGUGGACGCAGCUUCGGGGCCGAGGCCGGCGGGGGCGCGGCGCGCACGGCCCGGCGAUGCCCAGCUCGCUGUUUGCGGACCUGGAGCGCAACGGCAGCGGCGGCGGCGGCGGCGGCGGCGGCGGGGAGACCCUGGAUGACCAACGAGCCCUGCAGCUCGCGCUGGACCAGCUGUCGCUGCUGGGGCUGGACAGUGACGAGGGCGCCUCUCUGUACGACAACGAGCCGCGCAAGAAGAGCGUGAACAUGACCGAGUGCGUGCCGGUGCCCAGCUCGGAGCACGUCGCCGAGAUCGUGGGCAGGCAAGGUUGUAAAAUCAAGGCGCUGCGGGCGAAGACCAACACUUACAUCAAGACCCCGGUGCGCGGGGAGGAGCCCGUCUUUGUUGUGACCGGGAGGAAGGAGGACGUGGCCAUGGCCCGCAGGGAGAUCAUCUCGGCGGCCGAGCACUUCUCCAUGAUCCGCGCCUCCAGGAACAAGAACACGGCGCUCAACGGCGGCGGCGCCGUGCCGGGCCCGCCCAACCUGCCCGGCCAGACCACCAUCCAGGUGCGGGUGCCCUACCGCGUGGUGGGGCUGGUGGUGGGGCCCAAGGGCGCCACGAUCAAGCGCAUCCAGCAGCAGACGCACACGUACAUCGUGACGCCCAGCCGCGACAAGGAGCCGGUGUUCGAGGUGACGGGCAUGCCCGAGAACGUGGACCGCGCGCGCGAGGAGAUCGAAGCGCACAUCGCCCUGCGCACCGGCGGCAUCAUCGAGCUCACGGACGACAACGACUUCCACGCCAACGGCACCGACGUGGGCUUCGACCUGCACCACGGGGCCGGCGGGGCCGGCCCGGGCAGCCUGUGGAGCAAGCCCACCCCCAGCAUCACGCCCACCCCGGGCCGCAAGCCCUUCGCCAGUUACCGCAACGACAGCUCCAGCUCCCUCGGCAGCGCCUCCACGGACUCGUAUUUCGGCGGCGGGGGGACCGGCGGCGGCGGGGGCGGCAGCGCGGCCGCCACCCCGCGCCUGGCCGACUACAGCCCCCCGAGCCCCGCCCUCAGCUUCGCGCACAACGGCAACAACAACAACAACGGCAACGGAUACGCCUACGCCGCGGGGGAGCCCCCCGCGCCUUCUCCCCCCGACGGCUGCGCGGAGCUGCCGCCCGCCUUCGACCCCGCGCCCGCGCCCCCGCCCGGGGCGCCCCUGCUCUGGGCGCAGCAGUUCGAGCGCUCGCCCGGCGGGGGUCCCGGGGCGCCCGCGGCCUCCUCCUGCUCUUCCUCCGCCUCUUCCUCCUCCGCCUCGUCUUCCUCCGUGGUCUUCCCCCCCGGGGGCGGCCCCGGCCCCGGCGCGCCCGCCAACGCCAACCUGGGGCUGUUGGUGCAACGCCGGCUGCACCCGGGCGCCGGCUGCCCGCGCCUGUCCCCGCCCCUGCCCAUGGCCCCCGGGGCGGGCGAGCACCACCUGGCCCGUCGGGUGCGCAGCGAUCCGGGCGGAGGGGGCCUGGCCUACGCGGCCUAUGCCAACGGGCUGGGGGCGCAGCUGCCCGGCCUGCCGCCGUCCGACAGCUCGGGCUCGUCCUCGUCCUCCAGCUCGUCCUCCAGCUCCUCCACGUCGUCGUCGUCGGGGCUGCGGCGCAAGGGCAGCCGCGACUGCUCCGUGUGCUUCGAGAGCGAGGUGAUCGCCGCGCUCGUGCCCUGCGGCCACAACCUGUUCUGCAUGGAGUGUGCCAACCGCAUCUGCGAGAAGAGCCAGCCGCAGUGCCCGGUGUGCCACGCCGCCGUCACCCAGGCCAUUCGCAUCUUCUCCUGAGCGCAGCGCGCGCGCACCGGGGCGCACCCCGGGGAGGGGGCCCCGCGUCUCCAUCCUCAUCCCCGGCGCCCGCCCGCCCGCCCGCCGGUCCCUGCGGUGCCCGGUGGGUGCCGGACCUUCCUCCCCGCCCCGCUCAAGAUCAGAGAGGAGCCCGGGAAGCUGGAUUAUCCGCACAGUUUUACAUUUUUUUUUUUCUUUUUCCAACAAAGGGACUUGCCAGGAUUUCUGCAAAGAUUCCUGCGGCUCGGGACGCACCUGUGAAGCACCCGAAAAUGCAUGCUCUAUACAUAAUAGGAACGGCGACCUUCUAGUGAUAGUUUUUACACUGUACUUAGUAGCAAGCUUCCGGAGGAAGAAGAAGGAAAAAAACACACAAAUA